ACGUGGUCUGUCAUCUGACCAGCGAACACCAAAGUAGGAAAUGUAGAAAGCAACACGAUAGCACAUUUUAGUCAGUAAAAUAACAACCAUGCACUGUUUGUGUAACGGAAUACAUGCUUUAUUAAGGAUUUUGGUGGUCUGUGCGUCUCUUUUCAUUAACCAUGGAUUGGCCGGUAAAAUGAAGAUAGUGGAGGAGCCAAACACUUUUGGGUUGAACAAUCCUUUUCUGUCUCAGGGAAGCAGACUACAGCCUAAAGUGACCCCAUGUCCAGUGUCUGGCCCUGCACAUUUUCAUCAGCUCGCUGGAAAGUGCUUCAUUUAUACAGAGUCAACGUAUAAAUAUGAAUUCUGUCCAUUUCACAACAUCACCCAACAUGAGCAGUCAUUUAGAUGGAAUGCUUACAGUGGGAUACUCGGGAUCUGGCAGGAGUGGGAAAUGGUAAACAACUCUUUCACAGGCAUGUGGAUGAGAGAUGGGGAUACCUGUGGAACGAGAAACAGGGAAACAAAGGUGAUUUUUGUCUGCAGUGAAAGCAGCAAGCUCUCUCAAGUCUCAGAGCCCAGUACCUGUGUGUACUCGCUCACAUUUGAGACCCCACUUGUUUGCCAUCCACAUUCGCUUUUAGUGUACCCAACACUGAGUGAAACGCUCCAAAAAGAAUGGGAUGAGGCUGAGCAGGCUCGCUAUGAAGGACUCAUUACGGAGCAGGGAUACAACAACCUUUUAAAGGAUAUUUUUGAGGAUGCCGGUCUCCUGAAGAGCCAAAAGGUGAAGAUGAAGCUACCAGAAGUUGUCGCUGAUUCAGGAACACACAACUCCUUACAGAAAUGUACAGAGGAUCUCGAAAAACAGCGAGAAGAGGUUAAAAGAUUGCGCUCUCUCCUCACUCAACACAACAUUCCCUUUUAUUCAGCGCAAAAAAUAUCUUUGCUUUACGCAGCACAUGACCCAAAAGGCCCACCAAGUACAACAGUAAAGGAGCAACACCCACGAGGAGACCAAGGCCUUCUUGAUCAGCUGUGAUAAAUCUCCCAGAGCAAGUCACCUUCUCCAUUUAAAGCACCCGAUUGGAGAUUUUUUGUUAUCAAUGCAAGCAACACAGACAGUUGUUGGACAAUGUUGCCGUCACUGCUGAAAGGAUUAGAUAGUGACGCUGAGAAAAACUAAACUCAUUUAUGUGUUACAUACUUCUGACUUUAGCAGAUUCUUUUUUUUUUUUUUUUUUUAGGAGUAAUGACCCUCAGCUGGAUCUCUCGAGGACUUUUCAUCAGUCUUGUUAAUGAAGGAAAUUCUGUCAACAUGCAGCAUAUUGAGAAAUAAACUUUUUUUUUAACAAAG